AUGGGAAACCAAACGGAGGCAGCAGCGGCGCCGACAGUGGCGGUAGGGGUUUGCCUGUUGAAAGGGGAAAAGGUGUUGUUGGGACGACGCCGUUGCUCUCUUGGCUACUCCACCUUUUCCCUACCCGGUGGCCACCUCGAGCUCGGUGAGAGCUUCGAGGAGUGCGCAGCAAGAGAAUUGAAGGAAGAAACUGGUUUAGACAUUGACAAGAAGAGGAUGGAGUUUCUGACAGCCAGAACAAACGAGCUGCUCCUAGAGGGAGGCAAGCCAUGCCAGUACGCGUCCGUUUGCAUGAGAGCGGUGAUGGAAGAUGGAGAUGGAGAGCCCCAAAAUGUGGAGCCAAAACUGUGUGAUGGUUGGGAUUGGUAUGAGUGGGACAACCUCCCCAAACCACUCUUUCGUCCUCUGCACAAUGCGGUGUUGGCAGGAUUUAAUCCUUUUCGUGCAUGA